AUGAGUUUUCAAACAAAACAAACUAAAAUUUCAUUACCACCAAUUAAGAAUUUAUUUGAUGCAUUAGAUAUAAAUGAAUUAAAUAAAACUCCUCCGAUGAAAAAUAUUCAUAUUAAUGAUAUACAACCAUCAUUAAAUGGAAUACAUACAAUAAAGGCACCACAAUUAUCACCUUUGUUUAGUAAUACAAAUAAUAAUAGUAAUAUUGGAUACACUAUUAAUAAUAAUGGAAAUUCGUCUGCUUCGAAUUCUCCAUUGAAUUAUUCUGAAUAUUCAAACUAUUAUAAUUAUAUUAGACAACCAAUAAUGCCAACGCAAUCUACUUCAGUGCAUUCUCAUAUUCCUUAUCAAAACCAUUACCAAUCUCAAAGGUAUACUGCUAAUAUAGUCGGUUCUUCUAAUCAUAACGAAAUCCCAAGAAGUGAUGCUCCUUCUUCUUUACAUAUGAAUGUGGCUGCAGGUCCAGCCGGUGUUCCUAUGAUAAUGUCUCCUCAUAUGCAUCAUCCUGCAAAUAUUGGAGCACAACUCGUUUUAACUGGACAUUCAUCUACUUUACAUAAAGAAAAGAAGAGUCACAGAAUGACAGGGAAAAGAUCGAAUCUACCAAAAGAAACUGUAAAGAUAUUGAAUAACUGGUUGGUUAAUCAUUUAAAUAAUCCUUAUCCAACACCUGCUGAAAAAAAUGUACUUUUGAGUCAGACCGGUUUGACUAAGAUUCAAUUAUCUAAUUGGUUUAUUAACGUUAGAAGAAGAAAAGUCUUUACUGAUCAUUUCGAUAAGAAAUUUGUUCAAAAUAAAAUGUCUUCGUCUAAUGAAAGUUCACCAUCUGCACAAUCUGUUUAA